CCGCUGUCACAACGAGUCGGGAGGAAGAAUUACUUCAAAAAUUAGCCGAGUUGGAGAUGCAACUCAGAAAAUCCAUAUAUGAUUUCGAUGUCGUUGUAGCACCGAAAAGGACUAAAUCAUCCAAGUGGCCCGCUAAUAUAGAAUCUACAACUAUUGAGGAAUUUAAAAAAAUCUAUUUACGACAUAUACAAAAUACCUACUCUGGAAAACCCAGCAGUGGUAUUAAAAUUCCUGACCUUAAAUUCACCGUAUUUAUUGAGACCCCCUCAAAGCCAUUUAACGAACUUAGCGAGGAUCCGAAUCCAGACAUCGACAUGUACCCCAUUUUUUCGUGUGGUUCAGUGGACCUAAAAUGCAAAAAACUCCAAGAUGUGGUUAAAUAUUUAAUGGCUGAAUUAGAACUUUGA